AUGGGCACUAUUGCACUGGACGUUGACUGGACAACCUCGGACAAGUGUGGCGAGUUGUCCACGACGGCAAUUUCACUUUUCGACCUGCUGGCUGCACAGAACAUCAGCUCCUUUUCAGAGCUUGCAUUUGCGUGUGGCACACCAAACCGGCCACCAAGCGAUGAAGAGUUCAAGGCGUUGGCAGAUUCAGUUUUAGGAGGAGGGGCACCAGCAGGACAGACGGGCUUGCUUAGGCGCUUACACUUCGAAGCCGCCACAUUGGUUCUGUCACAGCUGAAGACGGCAGUCACUAGCGAGACAAGUGAGGGCAUCAAGAAAUUGCCGUUUGCAGAGAAGCAAGCAAGGUAUGCGAGGGUCAAAGCCUCAGUAUCAGGUUUUCUGAUACAAGGGGCUGCUCCUAAGGACAAUCAACAGGUGCUGAAGAUCGAAUCACAGACUUUGAAGGUCAGUACAGAAGGCUCUUCAAACCUCACCAUUGAGAUCAGGAAAGCUAAUCUCAGAGGUGUGGCCAUUGACAAGACAGUUGGAAGGGCCAAAGGCCCCAUUACGGUCUUGGAUUUGACAGUGGAGGAGGACGUGGCAUUUUUGUCAGAAUUUAUCAGGCAAGAGGCAAAUAAUAUUUGUUUAAUUCACUUCGCACCACCUUGUGGAACCUGCUCAGCAGCUCGAAAGAGACGAUUGGCCCCAGCAGUCUUGGAUCGAUUGGCAAGUGAUGGUAUUACACCACCGCAGAUUUUGCGGUCUGAAGCUUUCCCAAUGGGCCUGCCAAAUUUGAGAGGCCUCGACGCCAUGAAGGACCUGUCUGAAGAUGAAAGAAAACUGCAUGACGGUUUGAGCAAUCAUGUCAAGCAAGUUUUGCAGGGCAAGAGACUCCUUUUGCUUCGUGAAAUCUUGGAGGACCUCGACUACCCGGAUAAGAUCAGCCUUGCAGCCCUGCUAAAGUCAUCGGCAGGGCUCCAGAAAGCAGCGCUCAGAAGGGUUGUGGAACCGGAGGACACUGAACUUCAUGCAGCGGCUUGGGAAGAAACCAGACUUGAAGAGGAGAGAGGAUGGAUUUGGCCUGACGAAAGCGGGAUCUUCAAAGAAAAGAUCAUUGCUCACCGCUUUGGGAUCCGUCAGGGCGAUAAAGUGAGAGUCAUUGACAAUUUCAAGCAGUGUGGAUUGAAUGACUCUUGCGGUUUGCCGGAGAAGUUCGUUUUGCAUGGCGUUCAUUGCUGCAACUUUGAUAAGGGCAUUGGUUUAUGGAAAACUUGGACCAGGAACCGAGACUGUUCGGGCUUAACGCCCUUCCUUUUGGUGCUACAGGAGAUGCGGGCUUUGGGGUUAGUCUUUGACCUGAGCCAGUUUGGUAAAGGAAAGGUCUUUAUCAAGCACACGCCUGAGAGGAAGCAGGAACUGUCUGAGCGCUUGGAAGAGAUCCUGACAAAGGGGUCUUUGACACCAAAGGAAGCAGAAAGCCUGAAAGGCCGAGUACAGUGGUACGAAUCUUAUUUAUUCGGAAGAAUAGCAAACCUCGCAGUGCAUCGAAUAGGCAAGCGUGCCUUGUCCAAGAUGGCAUCUCGGGACGCCAAGCUUGACGCAGAGCUCAAAGCAGCUCUGACUUUUCUGAAAGAGAGGGUGAGCAAUGGACUACCUCUUGAACUAACAGCCGAGACAGAAAAUGCCUUGCUUAUUUUUACAGAUGGCGCCUUUGAAAGCACUCAGGAGUCGGGGUCAGUCGGCGGAAUUCUUUUUGAUGAACAAGGGAACCCGCUCAGAUUUUUUGCCGAAGUGAUUCCCGAUAUCCUGAUGAAAUCCUUGAUGAAAGAGGCUGUGAAUCCGAUCUAUCUGAUCGAACUACUAGCGGCCUAUUUGGCUGUUUUCCUGUGGGGUGGCCUUCACCCGUCGCGUUAUGUGGUAUCAUAUAUUGACAAUGAAGCAAGCCGGCUUGCUCUGAUAAAGGCGUACUCCUCCACUGAACUUGGUAAUGUGAUGGUACAAAUGUUCGUCCACCUCGAGGACUCCUCUCAAUGGAAAAUAUGGUUUGGGAGAGUAGGGUCUCACUCGAAUCCGUCGGAUGCUCCAAAUAGAAUGCAGGUUGAAGACCUCAUACAACGUGGAGUCGUUCGAGAUUCGGUAGCUUGGGACGUGGUAAUCAUGUCGUACGAGAAAACGCUGCACAUGCUUGGACGGGGGUGA